CCUAUCUUGAAUAUGUGACUCACUCGUCGCAAACAGUGUAGACGUAGAGAGGCUCUAAUACAGUUUGUUAUAGCUUCCCGAGUCUCGAGAGGGUUUCAAAAUCAGCUUUAAAUGUUCUGGUUUUUUAAAGGCGAUAGUGCUGCCGGAGAACCUAACGAGUCAAUUUUCGCACCGUAUCUGUCUCUGUCCCUGUAUUCGGAAGCUAUCAAAUGGGUUUCGUCUUCAUUGGCUGAUGCUGACGAAUUCCAGCUAAAGAUCCUGAAGGUUCUUCUGGUUGUUCUCGUCGUAAAUAUCGCUCUUAUCACCUGCGCUUGGAACAAGCACGGCCAGCGAAUAUCUGAACGAUACAUGAAAUCUGCAUCCAAUAAAAGCCUAGAAGAAUUCAAAAAGGAAGCCACUCUCCUGAAGCUUCCCAAGGAACACACCCCUCGAAUAUAAGAAAAAUAACAUGCAAAACGAACAAAGCAAUAGUCUUUCCAAUCUUUCCUAAACCUUUGUCGUCACACUGUAGAACUUUUAAAGACUUCCUAAGUUAAUUGCGCAAGAAACGGUGACAAAAUGUCCGCUAUUCGAGACUUCUUCAAGAAACGAAAGGCAGAUUCAAAAUUCAAACAAGCAGGGCCAGGCCACAGACUGUCGGUAGAGGAAGCAGAAGCUCAGCGUCGGCUAGAAACGUCGUCCCGGUAUGUUCCAGCAGCCAGAUCUGGGCCUUCAGAAGGUUCUCAGAGGGCAGGAGCUGCUGCCCUGGCUAGGCUCGAGCAGCAUCAGCACUCUAAAGCGCAGUCAUCACGAGCACUGGCAUCCAUUCGUGCCCAGGCUCGAAAGGAACUGGAAGAAGAGCAGAGAGCAGCUCAGCCGGCUGGGGGGCAACGAGGUCCGACAGAGGUGAAAUUAGACUAUGCUCCUCAACUGGGGGUGACCGGGGUGUACUUCCACUGCCCGAUGGUGGGACCAGAAGUGCUACCUUACGAGGAGGUGGCUGCGAAAAUUCGAGAGUUCCUUUAUCAGCAGCUGAGUGAGGAGCAAGGUCUCACCUCCUGUCUUAUCAUUCACACAUGCAACUCUCCAAGGGAGAAGGUGAAGGUCUGUGUUGACACCCUGGUAAAGUGCCUGUCAAAUGUCCUGGAACACCCCGAUGAAGAAAAGUACCGCCGCCUUCGGCUGAGCAACAAAGUGAUGCAGCAGAAGGUCUUGCCUCUUGAAGGGGCACUUGACUUCCUACAUGCAGCUGGGUUUGUAAAGAUGGUCCUCCCCCAUGAAGAAGGGCAAGAUGAAUUUCUCGUCUUCCCUGAUGAUGGCGAUCUGGCCUUGCUGGACGUGUUGAGGGAUGCCCUCAAGAACGCAGAACCCAUCUUGCCAGUCCUGGAUCGAAACUUGCGGGUGCUGUUGCCUUCGCAGGUUACCACGAACCCACAGUUGCCGGAUGAAUUCUUUAGUCUCUCCCCGGAAGAGAUUCUGCGUGAACACGAAGCAAGGAAGAUGGAAGUAGAGUUAAACACAACAUUGCGUACCAAAGCCAUGCGGCAACGAGAUGAAAUGAGGGAAUUGCGAAUCUACAAGUACACCCUGAUUCGUAUUCGGCUUCCUAAUGGCAUUUUGAUACAGGGAACCUUCAACGUGCAUGAAAAGCUGCAAGCGGUUCGAGAUUUUCUCGCUGAACACCUGGAAGAAUUAUCGGCCCCCUUUGAAUUGCUGUCUGACACCGGGCACAAGCUAACAGACUGGGAGGCGUCUCUGCUGGAUCUUCGGCUUGUGCCUGCCGUUACCCUGACCGCAACGUGGUACGGAGCUGUUUCACCCAAUCACCAGUACUUGCGUCCAGAAGUCCUGGCCCUUGUGCAGUCGACCUGAGAAUCUCUGUCUUGGUCUCUGGAUAUUUGCUGUGCACUUUGCUUCUAGUUCACGAGACUGUGAUACACAAACAUGCCUUUGAAAUGUGAAGUGUGCAACUGAAGUGCUUGGUGUUUUCUUCCCAGCGAAGCAUGCACCUUGAAGUACCCGUGGCUUGUGCAAUCCAAAUAGAGAUGUGUCAAAGCUGUUUGUAUUUUGCCAUAAGGUGUAGGUAGAACACAAGAAGCUCCAUCUCGUCACAUUGUAGACAACUUUGAAGCAGCUGAAGGGUGCCGUACUGCCAUGUAAAUAGGAAUAGAGGGAGUUGUGAAAGGGAAGGAUGUGAAUCGUGGCAACCGAUAUUGAAAGGAGAAACAGAGGUGCUGUGAGCUACAUAAUUGUGAACAGGAUGUAAUUUCAAUGUGGAUUAGCUUCUUGUUGGUCCUGCAUGUUCUAUGUCACAUUUCAUUUUCCUGGCUGAAUUAGUAUACGUAUUUAAACUGUCGACAACAAGCUGUCCCAUUACCUACGUUGAUGCACCUGCUCGUCUGCUUAGAAUUAAAGUAUUUAAACAGUU